GGUUGUUGCUGCUUGUUGUCUGAAAAUAAUAGUCAAAUGACAUAUGUGUAUCAAUGUCAGAUUAGAAGGAUUUGUUUUAAUGUUAUUGACACAUAGAAGAUAUUUAAUGAUUGUACACUCCAUUAAAUAAUUUCACAAAGAAGCGUUUGAAGAAAGUUACGGUAAACGGUUUUCUGUGCGAACUCGCAAUACUGUUUCUUUUAUUUUAUAACCGUUAUCAUUUACUUGAAAUGGGGUAAGUGCUAACUUUUGCAAGGAAGUUGAAAUUAAAUGUAAUGGUUUAGUUUUUUUGUUCAGAUUGCUUUCCUUCUAAUACUGUCAUCGAAGUGUUUAGUGGCUCUACUGAAAGUUGAUAUGGUAUGAUAGUUUUUAUCCUGGAGGGAUGCCCACGGCUCAAAGUGGGACUUGAUAACCCAAUUUAACCUUAGUAAAAUGAAGGGUUGUGUUUUUCUCUCUCGAGAAGAAGAAGAAGAAACAAUGCGGUAAUGAAUUUAACUUUGUGCCUGGAGAUUGCAGUGACGCUUUGGUGAGAUGUGCGAGCCAUGCAGAACUUCUUGUGGGGCAAGGUGGUGUUUUUCCUUGUCGCCGUUGUAGCAAUACUGCAGGUGGUGCACCUGAUCCUGCUGAGCCAGCUUGAAGCAAAACACCGUCUUCGAAGCAAGCAUGACCGACAAGAAGACGAGUUUGCGCCGCUCAGAAAUGAGGGGGAGACGCUGUUUGCGGUGCUGGUGCGGUCGCUCACGCAGAGCAGCCUGCUGGACGCCAGCGGGGAGUACCAGGUGGUGCCGAACCUCGCCCCGGCCUCACGGCAGCCGCAGAGGUCGCCGGCGGCGGGCGCCGUCGCCGACAUCACCUUGGUGACGCAGUGCUCCGUCAACCACCUGCACCACCUGGUGGCCUUGGCUCAGCGCUGGCAGGGCCCAAUCUCGGUAUCGGUGUUCGUGGACGACCACGAGAUGUUCGACGCGCUGCGCGGGGUUGCCACGCUGCGCUACUGCUACUCCGCCGUCCACCACAACGUGUCCUUCCACCUGGUGUCCCCGCUGUCGGCCGGCGGGCGGCCGCUCUUCUCGGUUCCCCCCGACUCGCUGUCCCGCUGCGACCUGUCCGCCCUGGCCUCCGCCCCGGGGCGGCACAACUACGCCGGCCGCCGGCGCUUCCCCGCCAACCUGCUGCGCAACGUGGCGCGCCGCGCCGCCGCCUCGGAGCUGGUGCUCGUCGCCGACGUCGACAUGCUGCCCAGCUCCGGCCUGAGACAGGACUUCUAUGAUUUUGCGAUGCGAAGCCACAUCUUUGGGUCGACUCAGAACGAGGACAAGACAGUGUGGGUGGUGCCAGCCUUCGAAUCGCAGGAAACGGUGCCAACUCCGCAGACCAAAGCAGAACUGCUGAAGCUUUUGGACCAAGGGGACGUCCGGCCGUUUUACAUCGAGCUGUGCUGGAAGUGUCAGGUGCACACGGACUACGACGCGUGGCAGAGGGAACCCCCGUCGGUGGGCGUCGUCCCUUUGUUCGAAGUGCUGUGGAAGGACCCGUGGGAGCCGUUCUACAUCACCAGGAACUCUGCUCCUUUCUACGACGAGCGCUUCAAGCAGUACGGCUUCAACCGCAUCAGCCAGGUGUGCGAGCUGCACGUGGCCGGCUACAAGUUCUCGGUGCUGAACAACGCCUUCCUGGUGCACCGCGGCCUCAAGACGGCCCGGUCCUUCCACGACGGCAAGGACGCCGACCAGGAGAGGAACCGCGUCCUGUUCCGCCAGUUCAAGGUGGAGCUGCGAGACCGCUACCCCGAGUCUUCCAGGAGGUGCUACUGACACGGCUCUCUGCCCUCGACAGGGCUGUUCCGAUUCCCGAUGCUGGCCGAUAGUCAGGUACCAAGGUAUCUGAUUUAUAGGACAAAUAAUACUCAGAACUAAUUUUAAAAAAAAUUCAAAUAAUUGCUAUGGUUAUUUUAAGACAUUUGCGAAUAUCAGUUGUUUUUUUUUUUUUAGUUUGAACAGUAGCAGUGACAAUUGCAAUAAAAGUGUAAAGCCUAGCUAGCUUUGGAGCAUUGGGAUGGAUGGCCAGAACCUGGCAAGGACUGGGGUUUAGGUAAGCAUGUGCCAAUCCACUAGGGGGGGGGGGGUGAACGAGUAGACAUAGAACCACUAGGUGGGGAGGGAGAAGGAGGAGGAGAGCGGAGUGCUGAAGGCCGAUGCGGCGCGUACAGUUCAAAUCGUUACAAAAGAAAAAAAAUAUUUAAAUCAUGUAACGCAUACUAAGAGAAAGAUAGAGGUAAAUAUGAAGUGUAGUGUGUGCGUUCUGGAAAAUUAAGACAGUUAAUACUUACGUGAAAGAUGGGUUAAAUUAAGCCUGCUACAAAAUAUAAGUAACAAUUUUUGUUAAAAUGUUAAACUUUUUGAGAGAGAGAAAAAUCUGUUUUUAUGCACCUAACCUGACCAACCUUUCAAUUCGCCUUAUUUCCCACAACUAGCUGAUCCCACCGCAUAAUGCAAUCAGUGUGAUGAAAACAUAAUUCUUUUAAUUAUGUAAUAUGUUGUGAUUAAAUUAGCUCGUAUUUCAGAGUUUUCGUUGUUAGUGGCAGCCAGGUAAACUGUGUAUUAGUUAAGAAAUAUUACAAACAACAUUUUAUUUGUAAUUCUGAAGCUAUUAUUUAGUCUGUGAGUUGUGACAUCUGUAUUUCCACAUUGCAAGUACGUAUGACCAAACAAAUACAAAUAAUAGUUUGCUUUCAAAUUUCAAAUACCUCAAAUAGUGUUUUGAAUUGUCACAUAAUUUAUUGCAUUGUUGUUUUAUGAGACAGUAUGUAAAUAACUUUGAAUUCUUUUUGCAUAAAAAAACAGAAAUGACUGAACCUCAAUGGAGAUCAUUAGUAAACGACAAACUUACGAGGAAUGCUAUGUCUGAUAUUCAUUAUUAAUCAAUUUACUUUGUGUUUGUAUUCAAAUUGAAUGUAAAUAAUAAGAUAUUUUUAUUCAUAUUCAAAGUAUUGAAUGUUCACACAGGCUGAGUUAUUUGUAAUUGGUAAAGUUAAAUUAUUUUAACUACUUUUUUUUUUUAUAAAUGCCAUAAAAACUAUUUUAGCCACUGGUUAACUAUUAGUUAAUAUAAAUGCUGAUGUUUUCCAUAAACUGCUUUAAAUUUAUAAAUUCUUGGAAUAUUUGUGUUUCGUUUAUUUGAAUAUUGGUGGUGGUAUCGGGAAUCAAUAUCGGAACAGUCCUACAAAAAAAAUGUACAUAAUAUCAGUGGAAACUUGUUGAUUUGUAUGUUGGAACCUACAGACAUAGUUUAAAAACAAUUUUUUUCGUUUUAAAUGGUCAGUCACCAACUUUUUAUAUUUAAUAUGCAAUUGUAAACUAAAGAUACACAUCCUCACUGCUGCCUCUUGGGCAUCAAGCAUAUCAUAUGUUCAUAAUCAAACCAAAUUUGUUAAUGUAAAUCUUUUUUUAAUUGUUUCAUGUUAAAUUGAUGUUGUGGUUGGGUGGGGGGGGGGGGGGGGGGGGCAGUAGUUCUAUUAAGUGUAGUAAAUUAAUUUGAGGCAGAAGUUAUGUAUAUUAAUUAGUAGUUUGUUAGAGGUGACUAUUGAAACCAAUUUGUGAUUACUAUCUGUCAGUAUCACGAGGGACAAGAUUAUAUGGUGAAUUGCGAUUAAACCGAAAUUAAUUCCGCAAAGCAUGUCAAUAAAAUACAACACCAGGAAGCAAGUUAACACACCAUUUAGGUAGGUAACUGGAAACAAUAAGCAGUUAACAAAUAAGCAGUAUAUUUUUGAAUAAAUGAACUUUAUUUUAAAAUAGCACCAUGUCAGUACAAAAAAAAAUUUAAAUAACUAGAUUCACUAAACUAACCAUUCAAUCUUGUCCUUAACUAUUACUUGUGUACCUCAAUGCAAGAUGUUCAAGGGACACUUGUAGUAAUGGGUAUUUAAUCUGGCAAUCUAUGGUCUGUAAUACAAUGAUAAUUUUAUUUCGUUGUGUGAUAGCAUUUAUUCCUGUUGGUUGUAGUUUCACUGUAUCAGAGUGAAUGUUUGUAUAAAUUGGUUACAUUAGUUUUUCCACUAAUUUUUAUAUUCAUAGUUCUGGAUAUGAAUAAUUAUCUCACACCUAUUGGGAGGUCUGCUUAUGGUUUUCUUUUCUUGAGUAUUAUGAUGCAGGAAGUUGUAAGAUCAUUCCCCUUUCAGUUGUAACUUACCCUGCAUUUUUCUAGGAAGGGGAAAGAGGAGUGAAAAUAGUUAUUGAGUUUUACUCUAUACCCUACCAACCUUGGAAAAGUAACCAUUAAAAUAUUACAGUUAAUUUAUAUUAUUGGUUUUGAUGCCCAUUCUGUUACUAAUCAUCGUAGAUUUGUGCCUCUAACCUUACUUAUUCAUUGCAAUUUUUUUUUAUGAUCAAAGUUUCCCCCAACUAGUUGAUAAUUUGUCUAUCAAUUUAUAAUUUGUAGAUUCUUUCUCUGUUGUAUACCGACAAUCUAAAUAUUGAUAAUUUACUAUGGUUAACAUGUAGUUGCUUUAUGUUCCCAAUUUUAGCUGUUGAUAUGUUAUGAUUGUUUAAUAUGUAUUAGAAAGAAACAGGUUAUGUGCUAAUACUAUUUUGUAAGUGAAAAUUCUUACCUUAAUCAAAUUGAUACCAAAGAUUGUUUUUUGUACUAUUAGUUAGUUAAUAGGUGGUAUAAUAAAAUCUUUAUUAAAUGAAUUGUGUUUAUUCUUGAAGAAUAUCCUGUUCCUGGUAACCUAUUAUGGGUUUAAAGAGAAAAUUGCUAGGGACUUAUAAUAAUAUGGUAGUAUACUGUCCUAAGACUUACAUUAAUUUUCUACUUAAUAUAUUGUGCUCUAUUAACUAGGAUGUUUUUUAUUCCUCUCCCACCCCAUUAGAAUAAUAUUCAUGUAUUACAAUUACCUCAUUAUUUUCAAGAUUAUGGUUACUUUCGGAUGUAAAAUUUAUUUUGAACAUUACUUCUAAUUUCAUAGGUAUAUUCAUGAUAUAUAUGUAUUCCAUACAGGUGUGUGUUGUCACUCCAUAUUUCAAAUUAUAGGUAAUUUUGUUUACAUUUUUUGUACUUAAGUUGUUUUUACUAAAUUAUAGAACUUUUGGGUUUUGUAUAAUAUAUCUUCCACUAGUAUGUGUUAGUGUUACAUAUCCAUAACACUUUAUUGUGGCUCUGUUAUAUUUUUUUCAAUGUAUACUAGUGUUAUUAUUGGUUUGUUUUGGAGGAAUGGUUACGCCUAUAGGUGUCUUCAGCUAUUCCCUUAUUUACUGAAGACUGUUGAAUGUAUUUUGAUAGUUUUGCAUAUUACUUUGAAUUGAGGGCAGUUUAAUCUAUGUUUAUUUUCCUUUGUUGAAUGGUUUGAAAUUUAUUAGGUGUGGCUGGUUAUUCAAUUAUUCCCUCAUAGUUGUAUGAAAUCACUUGUUUAAAGAAAAUGUUAACUAUAUAAAUACCUUUU